AUGUGCUCUUUGCUGACUUCGAAUGCACGACACUAUAGCUAUGAAUGCAAGUCGACAACCCAAGAUCGACCCUAUGUAUCGAGGCCUUCGCGGACACAGCAGUUGCAGAAUCCCGACCUGGUACCGAAGUUGAAGAAUGAGACCAUGGUUGAUAUAACGGCAAGGACCACCGGACUUGCAGAUGAAAUUAUAGCGAAGCAAGAGCAAGAACGGGGUAGAAAACGAGAUCUUGACGGCGAGGAAUACGGUCAAUCCUCCAAACGGCCGAGAUCUCUAUCGUCACGAUCAUCGAUCUCCGUAUCAACCAUCUCUACGGACCGUUCUCGAUCAGGAUCGCCAGAAUACCGAACCAGAUAUAGCCGUCCAAGGGACGAGGAGCGAAAUAAUGACCCAUCAGCAUCUAUCACAAAUAAGCCCAGUCAACGGAAACGACGCUACAGUGAUGCUUCGGCGUCAGAUUCUUCGGCUUCAGUUGCGCAGCCGCGGCGAUCACGGGAUGUGAGUACAGAUGCGGAGCGAAAUACUCGCAGAAAGCGACGAGAAUAUAGCCCACCCGAAAGAGGUCGAAAGAGAGACUCGUCUACUACUCGCGGAAGUCGGAGAUAUCAGUCGCAAAGUCGGAGUCAAGAGAGAGGCCGCAUCGCUCGAGAGAGACGCUCGAUGACACCAAGCAAACAGCAACGUCAGAGGUCUCCUCCCCCUAGGGAUAGGGCGCCGCAAAGAGAAGAGCCACAACGAGCGCCGCGAGACAGGAGUCUGAGCCCGUUUAGCAAGCGGCUUGCCCUCACUCAAGCUAUGAACUUGGGUCGAUAA